AUGUCUUCACUCGGAUUUGGGAUUGCGCAUUGCCGGCGCCGGACCACAUUUCACCACCGCAAACAGCCCCAAAUUUCCCCUCGCCGUUCUGUUAAUGUGCUCCCUAAGCGCACGGAUCAAGUUAGCCUUGGGCGGAGAAGGAAGCAGACAAUCGAAGCGAUGAGAGCCGUGGUCCAGCGCGUAGCCUCCGCGAGCGUUGAGGUCUGCUUACAAUGGUGUGUUUGGAGCAAUGAUGAAAGUGAGACUUCGCAACUUUUGUGCCUUUUAGUUUUCUUUUCACUUGUCAACUUGGUUAACGAUGGUCCAGUGACAAUGCAGCUCGACUCCAGGCAAUUGUCAAAGAAUUCAAAUGGUGAAGCAGAAGGAUCAUAACCAACACGAUAACCUUAAAAGACAUUUAACAGCUGGAAGUUCACUUGAUUUAAUAAACAGUAGGAAUGAAGAAUCAUAUUACUUGGGAAUGCGUGCAUCGAAUCUUGGAUUGAUUGAUUAAUUUUCAAAGCCUGGCUGAUUAAACCACCAAAAAUGAACCUGGACAUUAUUCUUAUUCUUGUGUAGUUGUAUAAUUUGUUCAUGCUGUUUAUGUUAUUACUGGCCAUAGUACAGAGAAUUAUUAAAAGAGCAUGACUGUUUCAUUACAUGAACACUUCUAGAUCUCAAAUGUUUGAGUCAUAUGCUUAGAGUUAGAAGUUCGCAUACUAAACGUGUAUUUCUAUCCGAUGUUCAGAUUCUGAAUUUAGUAAUCACGUGGUAUGUACUACGCUUUCUUUAUUGUUAUCAGGAAAAAGAUGUGUUGUACGUACAACUUCCAGAAAGGUGUAUUCAUGCAAUCUUUGGUAAAUAAAUAUAA